AUGCGUCUCUCCACCAUCAUCACGCCCCUUCUCUGCGGCCUCGCUACGGCUUCCACAUGCCCGUAUGCGUCCAAGGCUCGUUCCGGUUCAGCAUGUCCGUACGCCUCAAGAGCCCGCUCGGAUGAAUCAUCCACGAUCUUGAAUCCCCGUGGAAUGCCUGUCGAGGGCAAAAAAGGCGUUAUGAUGAUGAAUCGUAUUGCCCCGGGUAUUUCCAAGCUCUACGUUGCCGAUUCAGACGGAUCCAACGCACAGUUGCUUCUCGGCAACCAGACUACGUUUGACUACCAUGCCCAGUGGUCACCCGACGGCAAGUGGAUUGUCUUCACUAGCGAGCGAGCCGGUGAUGGAAAUUCGGAUUUGUACCGUGUCAGGCCGAACGGCACUGACUUGCAGCCCAUCUCGACCACGCCCUCUGUUGAGGACGCAGGCUCCAUCUCUCCUAAUGGCAGUCUUGUUGCAUUUACUGGCACCCUUAACAACCACAAAGCCAAUGUCUGGAUCAAAAACCUCGACACAGGUGCUCUCUGGAAUGUCACCAACUCGACGGAGGUGGCCGGAGACUCGGCUCUGCCCGAUGGUCAUUUCCGGCCAGCCUGGUCCCCAGACGGCGAAUGGUUGGUGUUCUCGUCUGAUCGCAACACGCCCUGGCGCGGCCACAACAAUGUGAGCGGUUGGGAACAUGUUCAAGAGCUCUCUAUCUACGCCGUCCGACCAAACGGCAGCGACUUCCGCCGCGUCGCGAACAAGACGGAUUACUGUCUAGGAUCGCCCAAGUUCUCACCCGACGGCAACCGCAUCGUCUUCUACGAGAUCCCUACUGAACUCACCUACUAUUCGCGUGUAGCUGAACCAGCUUUCUAUAAUGUCAACACGGGCGUCGUCUCGGUCGACUUUGCAACGGGAGCGGACCGCGUUGAGCACGCGUCGGCAGAUUCUGGAGGCAUCAAGACUUUCCCCCAAUACGUUGAUGACAAUACGAUUGGCUUCUUGGUCAAAAGCCAGCUUACCAACGAGACAUACCCAGGCUCUAUCAACUACACUUCUGCCAGCACCCAAAGCGACGUCAGCUCACGAUACCUCAACACAUCUCUAGUUGGCUACUACCGCUCACCGUCGUGGUCGCCUGAUGGUAGCAAGAUUGUCUAUGAGCAUGUGGAGUGGGAUCCAGUACGCGCUAUUGACAAAAAAAUGUACAGCUGGAACGAAGAGUGGGAGUACCGUUUCACAGACAUAUUCCCGCGCAUGUCGCCAGGUGGCAAGGUGGCCUACACCUCGCAGCAGACCGAGAACGCCUCGCUCGUCAUCAUCAACCCAGACGGCACAGAAUCGCGCGACAUCUUUGACUCCUCGCGGUUCCCAGUCCAAGUCAAUGGAUCCAACACCAACGGGACAUUUCAAGCCUCGUGGCGCGACGACGGCGAGGUCAUGGCAGUAGGCCUGGGAGAUUGGUUUGAGUAUCGCUACGAAAGCCCCGGCUGGGUGUAUCUCGUGUCAGCCAACGGAUCAUGGACGCGCCAGAUAACCAACGGCAGCACCAACGCCGGCUUCCCGACCAUCUCACCCGACGGCCGGUGGCUAGUGUGGCGCGAGUUUGACUACACGACUGACCUGGUCACGCCACUGGGCCUGCGUCGCAUGGACCUAAAGACAGGUGAUGUUGUUGCGUUGACUUGGGGCUGGGAUAACACGCCCAUGUUCGCACUCGACGGCUCAGAUCGCAUCGUCUUCACGCGGCGCACCAGCACACCCGUUUCCGGCCCGCUGGACGACAAUUACGACGUGAUGACAAUGGCCGUGGAUGGUAGUGACCUGAAAAGGCUGACCACGAUGGCAUGCAAUGAUGCCCACGCUACCUGGACCCACGACGGUAAGAUCACAUGGGCUUCGGGUAUGUUUGGGUUUCAGGACGAGGCCGUUAUCUACGACAAUAACCAGCAGCCGUAUCCGAUGAUCCUGCAGAUGGAGGCUGACGGGUCGAAUAUGACUGUGCUGUCAGAAAGCAGAUGGGAGGAUACCAUGCCGUUGUAUAUUCCUAAUGAUAUUUGGGUCAAGACAGGCUUGAACUAG